AUGGUACUCAUCUAUUCCGAGAUUAUCAUGUAAUUUUUACUUACUCCCCCCCCCCCCUCCGUGAGCGAACAAAAAAAUUUGUUCGCUCACGGAGGGGUUAAUUUUUUUUUUUUUAAAAAAAAUUUAUAUAUAAAUUUUAUAAAAAAAUAUUUUUUUCGAAUUUUUAAAAAAAUCCUAAUUUGCAAAAAUUGGGAAGCAAAUAUUAAUUUAAUUUGCAAAAUUUAUGUUUUAAACGCAAUUUGUUUAAAAUUAAACAGAAUUAGCUCUAGAUUUCAUUAUACUAAUUAUCACUUAUAUAUCAAAAUUUUUUUCCAUUAAAAUUUUUUCUAUUAAAAAAAUUUUUGUUCACUCACGGAGGGUGGGUUUUUUGGUCAAAAAAUGGCGAUUUUUCUAAUGGUUUUGUUCGCUCACGGAGGGGGGGGGGGGGGAGUUAGUUACAUAAUUUAUGCGAGAUUUGGGUAUUUAUCAUUUAAAGCCCUCAAAGCUGCAGGUGAAGACCUUCUCCAUAUCCGCAAAAAAGUCCUUUUGGAAUGGGUGGCUUGCACAUGCCUACUUUACUACAAAGACCUUUUAGAUUACUUCUUUGAAAGCUGAAUUCCUUGGUUUUAUCUAUGAAAAAGCAUUCUAAUCUCAAUUCUGCUAAUAGAAAAAUCAAUAGCGAUCAAAAUUUUAUUUAAAUUUCAAAAUCAUAUCGAUCGGAUUGAAACUAUUAUUGAUAAAACCCAAUAUGCUUUAUAUUCUUGCUUGAAUUUUCUAUUUUAUCCAAUUCUUAUAUCCUUAUUAAGCAGUUUCAAAUGAAUAAUCCAAGCUGCAACAGACGACCAAAAGAAAGAAAUCGACAGCAUAGUAGACAGCUAUCUUUUACUAAUUAGGAGAGCUAAAACUAAGCAGUUAGCUAUGAUAGACAGUUCAAAAAAAACAAAACUGAGGCCUCCAAGCCCAGACCCUCCUUCUCAAUCCCAACGAUCUAAAUCUCCUAUCAAAACCGCCUGGAAAACCAAAGUCCAAAUGCAGCUGAAAAAAGGCAGCAACAGAUUUUUCGCCUUUAACAUUUGGUUUGACCUCAAGAAAAAGCACAUAAUCUGGCGAGCUGAAGGCGACGACAAAACAAUAAGUGACGAGAUUGUAUCUUGCAAGAUAAAAGACUAUGAAAAUCUUCUCUUAGAAGUAGUUCUAACGAAUUCUACCAAGCUCUUUAAAUUCUACGAUAUCAAAAGUCUGAACACUUGGGAAGGGUUUUUACAACGACAAUGCUCAAUAUAA